AACACAAGAAAAGAACCCUUUUAAGUGUGCCGCAUUACGCUGCAGGCCUAGUUUAUAGUCUUAAUUCCACCGAAAUAACCGGGAUAUCUGACAAGUCAUCUUGCGUCAUCAUUAAUUUUUCACGUAACUGAUGUAUGCCACUUGAUUCCUCAAAAAAAUUCAGUCCGUUGUGAGCGCUGGUAGCACGCGCCUGUUAUACAUUGGCUAAGGAUGCUAUGAAUAACUUCGAGAACUAAAAUUGUCCGAAAUACUAGGAAGAUGUGUAAAAAGUAGAACUUCCUGCGUCCACAUCAGGAGUCUGACGUUGCCAGUGAAAUAUUUAUGUAGGCUACUCAAACGGAAACCCAUCUCGUAGAGAAGGAUGUCUGAGAAGCGACUUGCACGGUGGUAUUUUGGAGGCCUAGCUUCUGCAGGUGCAGCAUGCUGUACACAUCCACUGGACCUUCUAAAGGUGCACUUGCAAACACAACAGGAAGGAAAACUUUCGAUGGCUCGCAUGGCAGUGACAAUUGUCCGGAAACAAGGACUGUUUGCUUUGUACAAUGGGCUUUCAGCUUCCCUUCUUAGGCAACUCACUUACUCAACAACGCGGUUUGGUAUUUAUGAGGUGACAAAGCAGGCUGUCGCCCCAUCUGGUGAAGCAAUACCUUUUUACCAACGGAUUGGAAUGGCAGCAGUUGCUGGUGCUGCUGGAGGCUUUGUUGGCACCCCUGGAGACCUGGUUAACGUACGCAUGCAGAAUGACAUCAAAUUAUCUCCUGAAUUACGAAGAAACUACCGCCAUGCCCUAGACGGAGUAGUUAGAGUUCUUCGUGAAGAAGGUCUACGGCGGCUGUUCUCAGGGGCAUCCACUGCCACUGGUCGUGCUGUACUCAUGACUAUUGGACAACUCUCUUUCUAUGAUCAAUUCAAAAUGUUGCUACUAACAUAUGCUGGCAUGUCAGACAACCUCACCACACACUUUCUUGCUAGUCUUUCAGCAGGUGCAGUAGCAACAACACUCACGCAGCCAUUAGAUGUGAUGAAGACAAGAGCAAUGAACGCAAAGCCUGGAGAAUUCAAGAGCUUAUGGCACAUAGCCACGUAUACUGCCAAACUUGGUCCACUGGGUUUCUUCAAGGGUUAUGUUCCAGCAUUUAUAAGACUUGGGCCACAGACAAUUUUAACAUUUGUGUUCCUGGAACAACUGCGAAAAAAUUUUGGGGUAUUGGCACUACCUCAGUAAUAAGUUACCUUAUUUCUGGUCAAUAGGUUAUAUUUACAUCACAAAAGAAAGGAAGUAAUUAGCUGUUUAACCACUGGAGUAAGUGUACUACUUGCCAGUUUGACUUCUACAGUGCAAAGAAUACUUGAGAAUCAAAGGGUUUACAUGGUAAACUUUAUGAAUUUAUCAGUUCCAAACUAUGAACAUCAAAACAUAGAAUGUCAAAGUACAUUAAAAACAAUUAACAGAUUUUUCCUCAUUUAGGACACACAAAAAUUCCCAUAAUCAGUUUUUCUAUCUUGCAGGUGAAAUGUUAACAGUUACUGUCAUGAUUGGUCGUAGAAGGAAAUCACAUUUUUAAUGCCAUUGAAACAUCAUCAUAAAUUAAGAUCUUUGUUGUACUCAUUACCAUAGUUGUUAUUCUCAUACAUUUUUUUACGUUUCUUGUUUACAGUUUUUACCGACAUAAAAUUAUCACUUCACACAAACAAGGAUAAUCGUCAAAUAUUUGCCUCAUUCUGAGAUAUUGUUGCUAUUGUGUAUUGCCUCUUCUUCAUGUAACAUAUCUUUGAUGGUUCUUCCAUAUUAUGCAUGGAAGAUGGUAAAGUAAGUAAUGUAAGUGUAGAAUAAUAAUGGAAAUUUCUGGAUGGAACAAUAAUCAAAAUAAGGAAAAGGCAGUCAGUUACCUAUAGCAGACUGAUGUAUGGGGCAUAGAAACAUGUAACAGAAAAACAGUAUUCACAGUACUUUAUGAGCACUUGCUUCUUUUCCAAGCAAAAGUUCACACACACACACACACACACACACACACACACACACUUACUUCUGCGGCUACAGUUUGCUUCUCUUGUAACACAUACAUGCACCCAUAUCUGAAAUGACAUGCAUUACAAGUGCAACAUCCAGUGGUUAAACAAUGUGAAUCUAUUUUGAUAUUUAUAUUUAUUAUGUAGAUUUUAUUUCUAUUUGUUUUGAAAGUCUGUAAUAUUUAUUUAAUUUUUAUAAAAGAGAUUAUGGUAUAUUAUUGGUUCAGCAAGUUUCUAGAUGUCUUCCAUACAAUAAAUAGAUUUUUUGCUCUGAGUUAUUGAUGGACUCUACUGAGUAAAGGUUAAUAGUGUGUGAAUGUGUUAAGUUUUCAGAGUCUAAUGCUUUUAUUGUAGUAAAUGGUACAGUUACCCUUUUUUCAUUUGUUUCUCUAAGUAAACAAUUGAAUAAAAGAAUUAGCUAGCUUAUAGUUCACUCAGUUUUUUAUUAUUGUUAUGAGGCUUUAAAGAAAGGGGAAAUAUUGCAAUAAUAGUAAUAAUAAUAAUCGUGUGUUAGACUGAAAUGGAGUAGCUGCUAAUACCUAGUGACAUGGUCUGAUGUGAUUAUUGUAGAAGCAAUAGUAUUAGACUGAUUUUAAUUAUCCAUCCAUGAGAGACUGCAAAAUUUUUGUGAAAAACUUGCUACUUGUUGAAAAUAUUUUCAUCAAAUUUUUAAACAUCAAAUAACUGAAGUCAGUAUUGUUUGAAGUUGUAAACUGUGUAAUAUAUGUAUUACUUUUCAAUUGUGUGAUACAUGUAUCUUGUAUGUAAUAAGGAAACAGAACAACAUAAUAUGGUGCCAUGACUUUAUACCUGUGACUGUGUUAAUGACUUUGCAAUAUACUAUAUGCCUGUAUACAAUUUACGUCUUGUGGCUGUCUCUAUGAUUUCCUCUUUAUGUGUCUGGCAGAAGUAUUAUAGUUUAAUAAACUGCCUAUUGUCUUUUUUGUGAAAGAAUAUUUCAUAUUUUUCCUUUUAUCAUAUGGUGUUCAGAUACUGCUCUCUCUCUGUUUCUGCUGCACACAACUAUAUGCUAAGAAUUUACAGUGAUGCAUUUGUUUGUAUUUAUGCGAUAUAAUAUGCAUGAAGGUGCUAUUACAAACAAGAGCCAAAAUGUGACAGUUAUUCACAUGUUGGGGUUUCCAGGAGAAACUAAUUCUAUGCAAAACCUUAUAUUUGAAGCAGGGGAAUAAAACAAUUUUGUCACAUUGGGCUCUUAGUCCAUAAUUGGACCAAUGAUCAGAACAGCAGUUUGAAAUGCUGCUGUAAAUGUGCGUAAGCAUUAAAAAGAAAUGGUGUUGGGAUGCCAUGGGUCAUGGUGUGACAAUGUAUUUAAAUCUGAAAUGUAGAAUUUAAUUUCCAUUGUUUUUGUUUAUUGAACAAGUUAAUUAUUAAGUAACAAUGUGUAGUGAUUGAUUUAGAGAUUUAUACUUUCAUAAUGAUUGGAGCAACUACAACAUCUGUCUGUAGGUUUCAAGAAUGUUGCAAGGUGAAACUGUGUAAGAUCUACUAGGGAAUCCUGAGACUUUGUAGUAAGAUUUUGGAAGUUAUCAGAAUUAAUAGGUUAUAUGAGCAUUUAAUUGUGUUUUAUGCUUGUCCUUAUUAUGUUUCACAGUACUUUGCCAAGUGAGGUCACUGUAAUUUCCUUAUAUCCGAAUGUGCCCCUGUUUUACCGGAUUACACCAUUCUAAAUGAACUUUUGUUGUGCAAAUCACUAUUUGCGAUAUGUUCUGUGUAGUGUUAGGACAAAAAGCUCUGUAUGUAACAACUGUAAAUGUCAGUAACAGUUGACAGCAUGAAAUUCUAUGCUGCCAUUCCACCAGACACAUCUGAGUAAAACAUAGUAUUCAUCCAAGAUGAUAUAGUCUGAGGCAUCAUAAUUGUGAAAACAGUAGAAACCACAUUGCUCAAUCAUAAUAUAAAUUGUCAGUAACAUAUUGACUGUAACAAAGUGUCCAGAUCUAAUGCAUUAUCUUUGUUUUUCAUAUAUGUACCAGUCUUAAAAAAAAAAAAAAAAAAGAGCUCUUCUAUUCACAUUGUAUUAGAAGAAGUAUUGCAUGUAAAUUCAUGGAACAUCACACACACUGAGAAAUAUUACAUGCCUUAAAAAUUAAAAAAAAAAAUUAUAUUAAGACAUUUGAGAAAACUUCCACCA